AUGCCUGACCCAACUAUGCCUGAGGAGUAUGCCGAGCUUAUGAAGCACAACGGCCCUGAACAUUAUCUGUACAACCCUCAGAGGUAUAGCAAGCUUCACCCUGGUUCAGUUGGAUAUUUUGACAAAUAUGGGAUUUGGAACCAAAUCACGGAUCUUUCACAGCCAGGAGAUCGGCAUGAUAUUGGUUUUAAGGGCAUCGGUAAAGUGCUUUCCUAUGAUGUCCCCACUGAAUCCAUGUGGAACGACGUAUCCUCAGGUACUGAAGCGGAAUCAAGCUUCGGACUCAAGGGCGGGUUGUCAGGCAUGCUCGCUGCCGCUCCAGUGGAAGCGGAGGCUAAUGCGAGCAACAAGAGGGGUUCGUCUGGGACAGCAGCUCUGGUUACUACCGAAGCGGUCCAGAAUCAGAGACUCGAGGGUGGCUCCGGCAGGCUUAUCAGCGACUGGGUGAAGAAGAAUGGCAAGAUUCUGAUGAAGUCCAACUACGGCGAUGAAAUUCGAGACUAUGGGCUAUGGGUGAUCCACACCACAUGGUCCACCCCGGAAUGUGCGAUUAAAAUGAACAGCGCUUUCCAUCGCAAUACCAGCGCGGGGCUGGGCGUUGGAGCCACCGAUGUUGGUAAGAUUGGAGGUAGUGGAUCAUCGCUUAAGAAGCUUGAAUCCAAGGGCUGGAAAUCAUUUCAAGCCACAGAGAGUGACCAGGGACUCGUCGUAGCGUAUGGUGGAGCUAGAUUCAGACUUCGUACCAUCCGACCAUUCUGGUACCCGCCGCUCAAACAGACCGAGAGAAUGUCCGCUCGUGAAGAGUCAAUGAAGGUUUUGUACAAUGACAAACAAGAACUAAUUGGCUACGAAAGGUGGCAUAUGGCUCGUGAUGAAAACGGAGACAUUCAAUGGGUGCCGAUCUCUAAGGAGGAAUUAGUUUUCGAUGAAAACCGAAAGGAGCUUGGAAUGGUGUACUGGAACCGUAUUUCCGACGAAGAUGGACGAGAGAUUGGAUGGGACCCCUACCGCAAGGAGGAUUACAUUUUUGAUGAAGAUGGAGAGAAGACCGGGGUCGAGUAUUCCAGGCCUACUCGUGGCAGUACGAGGCAACAUAUCGAAUGGGAGAAGUAUGAUAAGGACGCUGAGGACGCUGUGGAGGAAGAGACCAUGAUGAAAGAGCUUGAAAUGGCAAAUAAGAAAAGGAUUGAAGAGCAGAAGCAGGCACGCAGGGAGUAUGAGGACCAAGACGAAUUUGAAAUCAGGUGUGAGACGGUCGGAAUGGAUGAGAAUGAAAUUGGAUAUGACACCGAGAAAGUAGAACGCACCGGGACUCCUCCUUCAUCCAGGUCCAAGUGCUGCGUCAUGUAG